GCUAACUUGACUGUGUGCGGUUAGUCGUCAACAUGAUGUGGCACAUCGUUCGGCGGCCACAAUAACUUUAAGUUUUUUCGUAAAUCUGCCGAUAUUGUCGGCACGAAACAAUUAUGUAAUAUAAAUCUCGAUUAGUUAAUGCAUCGUUCACCGUACCCGUUCUAAACGCUAAAUAGUACAAACACGCGAAAACCGUUGCCGAAACACCGAGUUUUUAUAAGAUUAGACAACCGACGACCAAAAAGCGUAUCCCUCUCGUUUUAUCGGAUUUACUCAAAGGCUGUGCUACACAUCGUAAACAAAACAAUUAAAAAAAACCAUAACGAAAUGGAAUCCGUGGUGCCCGAAUUCGAGGAGCUGAUGCUGUGCGGCUACUGCAAGCAGAAGUUCAACGACUCCGACCAGAGCCCGAAGCUGCUGUCCUGCAAGCACUACUUCUGCCUGCAGUGCAUGCGGACGAACCUCACCAAGGGCCAGGAGCUCUUCUGCGUGUACUGCUGGAAGCGCACCGAGAUCGGCGACCUCGGGCCCGAGUCCCUGCCCACGUACGCGCCCGUCUUGUGCUUGACCAAGAACUUCUCGCAGCUGAAGCUCGGCCCCAAGCCGCCCGACAAACCGGCCAAAGUCAUCUCGGAGAACUGCCACACGCACGCCAUGCCGCUGGCGCUGUGGUGCCACACGUGCUGCUCGCCGGUGUGCCGGGCCUGCGCCACCACCAGCGACCACUCCACGCACCAGAUCAAGUCGCAGAACGAGGCCAAGGACCAGCUCAUCGCCGAGCUCCAGGUCGACCUGGCCUCGAUGAGCAAGAUGCUCUCGGAGAUCCAGCGGCUGGCGAUGCAGCAGCGCGAGUUCCUGCUCAAGAUCCUGGAGGCCUGCGUCACGCUGAAGACGCACGUGGAGGCCGACCUGACCAACAACGCGUCGCACUUCGAGCUGUCAGAGACGCGCGACGCGCUGGCCAAGCUCCGGCUGAACCUCUCGAUGGCGGAGAACCUCACCGACGUGCACAACCUCUACUCGAGCGUCAACGUGGAGAAGCAGCGCCUCCAGUUGCGCUACCAGGAGAUGUACCUGCAGUGCCAGCUCGACGACCUCAUCCGCAACAGCACAGUCAUUUUCGAUUUCCAGCUGCUGAAGCAAGCUUUAAGCAACAUCCACAACGGGGAAGUCGCUUUCCCCGGCAACUCUCGAAUCUUGCCGCCCUCGCAGCAGAACCCGAUCCUCUUCUUGGCGAACUACUGCAUGUCGCAGCUGUACUCCAGACACGUCCUCACCAAGCAGACCGUCAACGGUAGCCUGGACUACCACAAUCACAACACCAUUCCUCCGGUCAACUACCUGAACCCCCAACACCUGGUGCUGACCACCCCGAAGAACAUCUACCAAGAGAACAACCUGAUGAUGCAGAACGUGAUACACUCGCCGCAGAUCCGCAACCCGGCGAACAUGUGCCCACUCUACUACUUCAACAUCGAAGUCAACGGGCAGAGCCUCGGGCGGAUCGUGAUCGAGGUCCGCGCCGACGUCGCCCCCAAGAUGGCGAAGAACUUCGGCCUACUGACGACGGGGGAGGCGGGGAUGGGGUACAAGGGUUGCCAGAUCUUCCAGUGCUGGGAGGGCGAGAGCGUCAUCACCGGCGACUUCGAGCUGAACAACGGCAGAGGGGGGCGUUCCAUCUUCGAGGACUCGUACUUCCUGCCGGACGACACGAAGCUGAUGGCCGUCCGGGGCACCGUCGGCAUGAGGAGGACGCAGAAGAGGCACGACAAUCUAGGUAUGGUGGGGUCGCAGUUUCGCAUUAUUUUACAAGAGAUGAGGGGGUUCACGGGAAUUUUCGGUCACGUGAUCGAGGGGCUCGAGCUAGUCGAGAAAAUCAGCACGUACGGGGAUACGGCCGGUAAACCAACCAAAAAUAUACUGAUCGCUAAAUGUGGGAAGUUAUAAAACGAGAAAAUCGUCUUUCGUCGUACCACCAUCGAAAACCGAAAAUGUCAGGUGAAAACGGCAACAAUCUGUAGCACGCAUGACAAAGAGUUCAGUUUUCAACUGACAUGUUCUUUGAGAAAACAAAAAACACUAAAUUAUCUAUUUGAUGUGUAUGAAUCAAACUCUGCUUAAAAAAGAAAAAAACAAAAAAAAUCUGUACAAAAAAUAUAUAUCUAGAUGUUUUAUAUAUGUAGCUUCAAGCAUAAAACUGCGUAGUUAAUGAUCACGAAAAGAUGAAAACGUAAAGAUACCGUCUUAGCUUAAUAGUACUAUCGAAUUCCGAAAUAACUAUAUUUUCGUAUCGUAUGAAAUAUCGUAUAUAAAAGAGAGCAAACACGAGCGAUAUUUUUUAUUGUUGUCGUUUUUCAGCUUGUGAAAGGGACGUUUUAGCUUAAUAAGUGUCUAUGUUAUGUUUGUUUCCUGGUGCGGUAGAAAUGUUAAAGAUUACAGAGUUUAAAAAAACAAACCCGGAAUGUCAACGUGCAGGAAUUGAACGUGUACUUUUGCGUUUUAAAGUCCACAUUGGAACCUCACGUCACUUUUGUUCAUCGAUGCUUCCUUUCUUUUUUUUUGUUUUUUUCGUGUUGUACCUUAUAGGAUUAGUCUGUACUGGUUUAUCACGCAGAUACGUUCAAUAUUAUAGUUUUGUGUUUUCCCUCCACACCACGUAACGAGCUUUUUCGUUAGUGAACCGAAACCAGGAUUAGGAUUCGACCCACGUAGCGAUAAUAAUGGGAUCCCCCGUAAAGUCAGAGGGUUUGGGUUCAUAAACAAGAAGUCGUCGAGAAAUCUCCCAUUUUUUUAAUUAUGUUUGUCAUGUUUUUUUUUUCCUUUUCAUUAUAUGACAUGGAUAUAAUUGUCUAGUUUAAGUGCGGUAAUUCGGUAAAUUGUUAAUUGUACGCUUCGGUUGUACGUUUAAAUAAAUUUCUUCGUUUCGUGCGGAUAAGUAAACGAUAUACGAUCGAGCGGUAUAGUUUCAGGUGGAAGUUUGUUUAAACGUGCAAUCGUUCAGGUUCUGUAGUUUUAAGUUAAUUAAUUUAGUCGCAACCGGGUAUAUUUAUCGAAGAAUCAUAAUAUAACAUGCUAGAAUCGCUGUCAAUGUUAUAAUCAUAAAAUGAAUGAAAAAAAAAAGGCAAAUAAAAUCUAUAUUUUUAACGUUUCAAUUUGGUUAUUUUUUUUUUUAACUGUCUGUCGGAACUAACUUUUGGUUUUUUGGGCAAAACGAAUGUACAACGAAUUUAAUCACCGUAGGAGAAUUGUCCGAGUGCAUAUCAAUUUAGUUUUUUCUAGUGUAUAGUGUACUGUCUCAUUUCGCUAGAACAGUUUGUUUGUGCCUUACAAGGUCAUUCAUUUACAAAAUUUUGUUUUCAUCACCCAGUGUCUAGUUUAGGUCUUCCUUAGGUCCUAAGUUGGAGUUACUGAAUGGACUUACUUGUGACUAUCGAUCGAUUAUUAUUUUGUAAAUUAUUUUGUUUUGAGAUAGAUCUCGACUGAGCAAAAUUACGACUGAUUAUGUGAUAGACUGCAGUUUAAUAAACUUUUUCAUUGACUCGCCUAGUGUUUAAAUAGAAACUUGUAGCUUUAGAAUGUUUGAAAAUCACGCAUUUUGAUUUUCUUUUUUUUUGUAAUAAAGUCAUGCUUUUCGUUCACUCUUAUCGUUCUGUUUUUCUCAUUUCUUCCUUCAUUCAGUGACUCUGGCUAAUCCCGUUCCAACCCGCAGCCGUUCCGUCGACACACGUUUUCUUCGACCGAAGUGGCACACGUUCCAAAUUUUGAGUCCAGCAAUUUCGAAAUUCGCGAAAAAUUCGUUCCUUGGUUUGGGGGUGGGGGGUGGGGAAAAUGCCGGAUGUGAAGCAUUACUCGUAUCAUAAUACAUUUCCAAGACGUUAGUGAGUAGCGCGAAAAAAUAUCAUAGCCUAAUAUAUGUAUAAGCCUAAACAUAACAAUAAGUGUUUCGCCAAUCUUUCAUCAUAACGCGUAAUUGUCUAAAUGUGUAAAAAUCGGUGUCUGAUAAAGGGGCGUCGCCGACGCAAUCCGGACCCCACGAUGAAGUUCGCCGCUCGUUGUCAAAAAAACAAUUGACGCGCGUUAAUUCGGCGGAAAAUAAAAUUAGACAGAUAAAAAUUAGGCCACGAAACACCUUAACGUCGAAAACUUGAUCUAAUUGAGCAGCUGCGCUUUCGUUAUUUAAGAAUGCAUCUAUUUUCAUUACGAACGUUUAAAAAAAAUAAAUCGGCUUGGAAGAGAAUUUGAGCUUCGACGUCGGAAUAGCGAGUUUUGUUUUCUUCCAAUUAGCAACAAAAAUAGUGUGCAUUAAUUAUGUGAAAAAAGUAAAUAAUUGUAGUUACGAGUAGACCUUGAGAAUGUACGCACCGGUGCCGCUUUAUGUAAAUGGUGUUUGUUCUGACAUUUCCGUUGCUUACUCUACAGUACAAUUAUUUAUGACGUUAUUGGCAAAUAUUUCGAAUGUGCUCACUGUCUGAACUUCAUCGUUCGAUUCGGCAUAGGUCUAUUUUUAUGGAUAACGGGAAAGUGGACUCUAUGUAUAGCGUAUAGGGUGGCUCAACAAUAAUCUCGAAUAUGGUGCUUACAUUUCGCUUACUAUGACAGGAAAAACGUGAACGGUUAUUUUGGUUUGUUUUGGAUUCAGUUUGUCAAGGGCAGCAUUUCUCCGUUUUUCUAAAUGCUGCCACCUGCCAAUAUACUCAUACGUGGAAAUAAAUCGACAAUAACAAUUUUAUUUUUUAAUUUCUUACAAAUCGAUUUCGUAUCGGCUAUAAAUGUCUACAAGCACUAGAAUAAUUUUAAUUCAAAACUGGAAUUUAAAAAAAUUAAAAAAAGUGGUCGUUGGCAUCUACAUUACUUUUAAUUUUUGCAGGAAACGACAUUUAAUACGUUAAAUAUGUAAAUGAUUUUGACAGCUUUUUGUUUCAAAUUAGUUCGUUCAAAAACAAAGUACAAGGCACGAAAUGCGGCCACGGACACCGACCACAUUGUUAUCAAAUUUUAAUUGAACUGCAGUGACAUGGAUAAUGUUAAUUUUUUCGAUUUUGCUAUAUCAUUUUUUAACAUAUACUGGGUGUCUCGUGUUUUUUAUUGCUAAAGUACCCAGUCAUGAUAAUGCAGUAAUUUAAAUUAUGAUCUAACUCAUUAAAAAAAAUGCAUAUGACCUUAAAAGUUAAUAACAUCACGAACGUAAACGAUUAAAAAAAAUGUUAAUUAAUUUUCUUUAUUGAGACAUUUGUAGCCGAUGCCGGUUCCAUUCUUUUUAGAAACAAUCGAGCUCACUAUGUAUAGAUACCGUCCAAUCUCGCAUGUACGACAACUUUGUUUAUUUUCGUUGAGGUUUUCACGCUUUUCGGAAGAACUUAAACACCAAAAGCAGCAAAAACUUGUGCAUGUGUACUUUAAACUUUGUGUCGGCGAAUAAUAAAUAAGUCAAGGAUUUUUGAGCUACCCUACGUCUUUUCGAAUUACUAUCCUACUCUCCUUUUGCUCGUUGCGUCUCUUCAACUGUUUAAAUAAGAUAAACUAGAUGUUGCAUACUAAAUGUGCAAAGAGAAGAGAAACGUCUACUAGAACUAGUAUCGUUGUAAAGUAUUAUUGACAUUAGCUUAGUGAAAAUUUCAUGUAAGCGGACAUGAUAUCACCUCGAUGGUAAAUAUAAACAAUAAUUCGAGUAGAACUGUCGUCGUAACCGUUUCGAAAAGGCUGCGUGAUGUCAUGUCGGUAGAUUUAUAAAAAAUACAUAGAAACAGGAAAAAAAAUACAAAAAACAGAAACCCCUAAUUGCGAAACUUAAAUGUAGCAGCCAGUGUUUGUGCCUUGUACCCGACUAAUAUUUGUGAUAAUGAGUACCUACUACCACCUCACUCUAGAUUUCAAAUAAAUUACUUUCCGCAUCUGUAA